GGGCCCGGGCGGGAGCCGGCGCGACUGUGCGGCUACCUGCAGAAGCUGUCGGGCAAGGGCCCGCUGCGCGGCUACCGCAGCCGCUGGUUCGUGUUCGAUGCCCGCCGCUGCUACCUCUACUACUUCAAGAGCCCGCAGGACGCGCUGCCCCUCGGCCACCUGGACAUCGCCGACGCCUGCUUCAGCUACCAGGGCCCCGACGAGGCGGCCGAGCCCGGCGCCGAGCCUCCCGCGCACUUCCAAGUGCACAGCGCCGGAGCGGUCACGGUGCUCAAGGCUCCUAACCGUCAGCUCAUGACUUACUGGCUGCAGGAGCUUCAGCAGAAGCGAUGGGAAUAUUGCAAUAGUCUCGACAUGGUCAACUGGGACAGCCGAACCUCGCCGACUCCUGGGGAUUUUUCUAAGGGUCUUGUGGCCAGAAAUAACACGGAUUUAAUGUACCCGCACCCAAAUGCCUCUGCAGAAAAAGCCAGAAAUGUCCUAGCUGUGGAAACUGCCCCCGGCGAGCUGGUGGGAGAAGAGGCUGCAAGCCAGCCGGCCCCUGGGCACCCCACUUCCAUUAACUUCUCAUUGAAGCAGUGGGGCACUGAGCUCAAAAAUUCCAUGUCUUCAUUUCGCCCUGGGCGAGGCCAUCAUGAGAGUCGGAAGAGUCGGUUCUACACCAGUGAAGAGUGGGAACUCUUAGACCCAAGCCCCAAGGACCUGGAGGAGCCCGUGGUGCUGGAGGAGAGGAAGAAGCAGAUGCCCGAAGCAAACAAAGGAGUAAGUGGCUCCGGAUUCCCCUUUGAUUUGGGGCGGAUUCCCUACAAAGGAAGGCGCCCCUUGAAGGACAUGAUUGGGUCGUGCAAACUUCGGCACAGUAGCGGUGACCCCUCAGCUGCGGGGCCCUCAGCUGGGAGCAGCGUCAGCAAGCCGGCCUCUGACGUGCAGCUGCAGGUGCAGAGCCAGCAGGAAGAGCUGGACCGUCUAAAGAAAGACCUAGCCAGUCAGAAGGAGCUUGUGCGGCUGCUGCAACAGACUGUGCGGUCCUCCCAGUAUGACAAGUACUUCACGAGCGGCCGGCUGUGUGAGGGGGUCCCAAAGGACACACUGGCGCUCCUGCACCAAAAGGAUGACCAGAUCUGGGGCCUCACCAGCCAGUUUGAGAGGUUCAGCCUGGAGAAGGAGAGCCUUCAGCAGGAAGUGAGGACGCUCAAGAGCAAGGUGGGAGAGCUCAGCGAGCAGCUGGGCAUGCUGAUGGAGACGAUCCAGGCCAAGGAUGAGGUCAUCAUCAAGCUCUCUCGGCAGCUCAGCGAGGGCGAGGGUAGCCUGCCGUCCCCCACCCCAGUGCCCGGCUCGCCCUCUGCUACGCUUGCCAGCCGGGACCAACUGGAGCUGGACAGGCUGAAGGAUAAUCUUCAGGGAUAUAAAACCCAAAAUAAAUUUCUAAAUAAGGAGAUUUUGGAGCUCUCGGCCCUCCGGCGAAAUGCAGAACGGAGAGAGAGGGACCUGACAGCCAAGUACUCAAGCCUCGAGGCCAAGCUCUGCCAAAUAGAAAGUAAAUACUUGAUAUUGCUUCAAGAAAUGAAGACGCCCGUUUGCUCAGAGGAACAGGGACCUGCCCGGGAUGUCAUAGCCCAGUUGCUGGAAGACGCUCUGCAGGUGGAGAGCCCCGAGCAGCCAGAGCAUGCGCUCAUUAAGCCUCAUCUUGUCAGUGAGUACGACAUCUAUGGCUUUAGGACUGUCCCCGAGGACGAUGAGGAAGAGAAGCUGGUAGCCAAAGUCCGAGCCUUGGACCUAAAGACUCUCUACCUCACGGAGAACCAGGAGGUUUCCACCGGGGUCAAGUGGGAAAACUUCUUUGCGAGCACGAUGAACAGGGAGAUGGUGUGCUCUCCAGAGCUGAAGAACCUGAUCCGGGCAGGGAUCCCCCACGAGCACCGCUCCAAGGUGUGGAAGUGGUGCGUGGACCUUCACACGCGCAAGUUCAAGGACAGCGCGGAGCCGGGGUACUUCCAAGCCCUGCUUCAGAAGGCGCUGGAGAAGCAGAACCCAGCCUCCAAGCAGAUCGAGCUGGACCUGCUGCGGACGCUGCCCAACAACAGGCAUUACUCCUGCCCCACCUCGGAAGGCAUCCAGAAGUUGCGCAACGUCCUGCUCGCCUUCUCCUGGCGGAAUCCCGACAUCGGCUACUGCCAGGGUCUGAACAGAUUGGUGGCGGUGGCCCUCCUGUACCUGGAGCAAGAAGAUGCUUUCUGGUGUCUGGUUACCAUAGUGGAAGUGUUCAUGCCUCGGGACUAUUACACAAAGACUCUUUUAGGAUCCCAGGUGGACCAGCGGGUGUUCCGAGACCUCCUGAGCGAGAAGCUGCCUCGCCUGCACGGCCACUUUGAACAGUACAGAGUUGACUACACCCUCAUCACGUUCAACUGGUUUCUGGUGCUGUUUGUGGACAGUGUCGUCAGUGACAUUCUCUUUAAAAUAUGGGACUCCUUCCUGUACGAGGGACCUAAGGUGAUUUUCCGUUUCGCUCUGGCGCUUUUCAAAUACAAGGAAGAAGAGAUCCUGAAACUGCAAGACUCGAUGUCCAUAUUCAAAUAUCUCCGUUACUUCACACGCACUAUUCUAGAUGCUCGGAAGCUGAUCAGCAUCUCCUUUGGCGACCUGAACCCGUUCCCUCUGCGCCAGAUCCGAAACCGGCGCACCUACCACUUGGAGAAGGUGAGGCUGGAGCUGACAGAGCUGGAGGCCAUCCGGGAGGACUUCCUGCGGGAGCGGGACACCAGCCCUGACAAGGGGGAGCUGGUCAGCGACGAGGAGGAAGACACCUGAGUGGACGCCCCUCCCCCAAACCAGGAUGUGCUCGCGUCGUCUUCACCGCCAAAGCCUGCUGCCGGGAGCUGCGGCGCCACCUCUGCCUGCCACGGGAUCUCCCAAGGCCACCCAGCACUUGCUCUCCCUCUCAGGCAGUUGGGUGGGCAACUCGUUUACAGCCGCUGACAAGGUUCACGGUCCUGAUUUCCGGCCCUCAUGAAAUGUUGGCUGCCCUGUGUGGCGUCUGUUGGCUGCCCAGGGGUCCUCCCACCUAGGAAGCCUACUGGGCAGGGCCGGUCCCUGAGUGCUGUCCCCUGUAUGUGGCAGCAGCCAUGCAUGUGUGGGUGCGUGUGUGUGCACGUGACUGCCCACUGUGCUCAGACCUCCUGGGCCAGGUUGGGGCUGCUUGCGGUGCACAGGUGCGUGGAAAAAGCAAGCACAUCCCUUGUUCAGAGAUGGCCGGUGGCCCUGCCUCUGGGGGCUUCGAGCUGUCUGCUUUGCCCAGUCCUGGAUUAGCUUUUGCUCUCCCUGAACACCUUCAAAACGUGGCCCCGUGCCCUCUAGACGUCCCCACUGACUCAUCAGCCGCCCACCUCCACCCCCGCCUGCUCUCUGCCCCAGCUGAGAGCUGACCCAGGGGUCUGUGGGCGUCUCUUCCACUUGAGGAGGCCUCAGAGAAGGCCUGUGGGUCAUCGCAGGGCCUGCCCUGGGGCAGUCGUGGUUGGUGGGGGUGUGAGGGUGGGGCAUUGCACACUGAGCAGCCCCACAACCUUGCUCUUGGCUGUCUCCUCCACCUGGCGGGACAGGAGUGAGGGGCAGGCCCACUGCAGGUCCCCUGGCCCCUAUGUACCUUUCCCUGGGCCAAGGCUUUGGUGAGCUCUCCCGCAUGCCCCUUCCCCACAGUAGCCCAGAAGCAACCUUACCCACCCCCUCAAGCCAAACAUGGCGCCCACUUGUGAGGGCCCCAUGGCCCCUGCCCAUUGGGCUGCCAGGCAUGUUCUGGACACUCUCCAAGCACUCCCCUUGGAGCCCCGAGAUGCUCCACCUGGUGUGCCUUCGGGCGCAGUGCUGCCUGAACCCACCAGAUGGCAGGUGGCAGUCCUCACUGCCUGGCAGAGGUGAGGAGAGCCCUUAGCCGGUGUGUGUUAUGCACACUCAGACAAGAAGGGAAACGGUGUCUCGAGAUGUGCUGCUUUUUUUCCGCUUCUGUUGGUAAGUGUGAAUUUUGUUAUUUUUCACGGUCAACUUCCCACUGAGAGCCAAGAAAGUCCUUGAGCCUGCUGGGCUGAGCGCCCCUCAUAGUCCAGUUCAGCGGGUGACCUGAUGGCUGUGGGGAAGGGACUGCUGGGCUGAAAGUACACAGCCCCAAGCCUCUGUCUGUCUCCAGGGGUCAGACACAGGGGUCUUUUUUUCUUUUUAUGAUUUUUGUUUGUUUGGGAGAGUGGCCAUUUGAGGUCAACUACUUAAGAGAGUUCCUUUGUGGGUGGGGUCUGCCCUGCAGCAAGGAGGCACUAUGCUGAUGUCUCACUGCUGUUCACAGGACCUUGAGGGGGACCUCCUUGUGGCUGCUGGGACCAGGAGACACCUACACACACACACACACACACACACACACACACACACACACACACACACACACACAACCGCAGCCCCAAUCCCUCCCCCUGAUGUAAGGAGAGGACAGCUGUGGCCUAGGGCAAUGACUGCUGAGGGAGGGGCAAGAGGACUGGGCUGGGCCCUUGGAACAUUCCAGCUAAAGUGACCUUUAGGAAUGGGCCCCGCAGCUCUGAGAUGUAUCUUAAAAGCACUUGAUUGGGGGCCUGCCCAGGUGGCUGGAAGCCCUAGUUUCUGCCAUUCCAUUGUAAGUGACAGCGGGGUGUCAGCAUAUCAGGGCCAUUUCUGCCAGUGGGCAGAGAAGAAUGCAGCCAGGAGGGUCUCCUUCCUGGAGGGAGUGCAUGCUGAGCCGAGCUCUGGUUCUGGAUUGGGGACACAGCAUGCGGCUGACUGUCCCAUGUAACCAUAGGGUCUGGUCCCUGGUGUGAGCCAACGCUGCUCGCCCCCCACUGGGGAGACAGGCUGCUCCAUGUCCUCUGUGGCCCUGUGAUGCCGGACUGCCACUGGCCCCCAGGCUGUGUGCCCUUCCUGACUGACGCUGCUGCAGCUGCUGCCCCGGCCCAUCACCAGGCUGGUGCCUUGCAAGGUGGGCCUCUCCGAGUGGGGCAGGGGCCCAGAGGCAGCCUGCGUGCCAUGCCCACUACCAUCCCAGGGCCCAGGGCCACUGCCCGCUUGUUCGUAGAUGGGAUUUUGUUUUUAAUGGGUUGACCACAUGUUAUACUUUUGUAUAUUUUCACUACAGUUUAUAUUUUUAUAGGCUCUAUUUUAUCGAGGUUUUCUUACAUUGUGUACGUCCACUCUGUGUAACAACUCUGUGUGUGUGCAUGUGCGAACGCGUGUGUCCGUGUGCUGUGAAGGACAGCUCCAGCCACUCUCCCUCCGGGCCAUCACCCACCUCCAGCCUUGGCCGCCCCCUCACUCUCCCCAGCCCACCAUCGGACCCCAGGUUGGCCAGGUGCUGCUUCUGGCAGCCAGGACGGCGGAUGGACAGACACCUAGAGACAGCUCUGGCUUCAGUGCGGCAAGAUCAAGCACAGUCCCGAUCUCUGAGUGAACACACCGCUGUGUGGGCCUGUCCUCACACAGACCCCCAGCCAUGGCUGCCUUCCUUCCCAGGGCCCAACCCCCAAGCUGGGCCUGCCCGGAUGCCCUUGGGGGGGUAGGAGUGGGUGAGCCUCUCACAGGAACAGUGCCAAAGGACCCCUUCCGCACACGCACACACAUACACACUUUUAUAUCGCAGCAGCUCCAGUGCUGGUCUUUUAGAAUCAUAAUCCUGAAGGAAGAAAUAAACUACUAAUUUGUAUUAUGUUCCAGCCA